AUGAGCCCGAGUUACGUCGAUAUCGUCGUAUCAUCAGUGGUCAAAGUGCGAAGAAUUCCGAGUACCCCUUUAUCGUCUCCAUCCAGGCGAAACUGCAAAACGGUCUUCAUAAUUUAUUGUUUGGAGGAUUAGAGCACUUCUGUGGUGGCACUCUGAUAGCCUCCCGCUGGAUUCUUACUGCUGCCCACUGUAUGUACGCCUACACGGAGGAGGGCGAACUAAUACGGUGAGUGCUGCUCUAAUUCGUCCACUGAUUUAUGCUUACUUGCAGAAACAGACGGGCUUACUGCGCCUGCCUAGAAUAUCUGCAUACCUCGUAGAAGGAAUCAAGUACUCGUUAACCUUAUCACUUAGAAAAAUCUGCUAUUAAAUGACCCCGUUGAUUCGAAGAAAAGUAGUUACCCGAGACCAGCUGCCGCCAUUUGCGUGAAUGCAAAAUCAUUCAUUAACUCACUUUUUAAAGACAAGAUCGUGAGGUCUUUAAUAGGAUUGUUCAGAUACUUUCUGCGUUCAGCAGUCUAACCACAACGUAGUUGCCCUUUGGCUGAAGUUAAAUUACUGUCGUAGACUUCCUUACGGAGGCCUUUCCGUUUUAAGGGACGUGUGCCAACUAAAAGACCUAUGGAAAGUGUGGGCGGACUUUGAGUGUAUUGGUUAUGUGGACCUCGUUUAAAGUUUGAAGUUAACACGCCAUAAACCUCCGGAUGACCAAAAACUUUUAAAAAACUGUUGACAGCGAGGCCUGAGUCUUUGGAUUUACUUGGGUGGUCGCCCUAACCUCUGGAAAUAAGACCUAAUGCUUGACGUCUCCGGGUUCAUUUUACCAAGUCAUUGGGCAUGAAGAGAUACCAUCCCCGGAAUCAGUCCGAUUGUGCAGGUUCCGGUUUAUAAUUCUUCUGAGACCCAUUGAAAUUUAGACUGAGUUUUCGAUGGAAGAGGAAACUUACUAGGCAGUCAUAGAGAGAGAGAGCAAGCGAGACGCGGAUGACUAUUUAUGGUGUAUCUACACUUGCUACCCAGUUAAACCCACACUGCAGGUCCGGACUUUUGCCGCCGAAGGAUUACCUUAAAAGCUCUCCUGUUUAAUUGGUGGGGUCAUAGCUCUUUCGUAUAAAAUCGAAGUAUUGAGUCACAGGGCAGGGACAUUUAACAGUGUUCCCUGGUUGCAGAAUCGAGCACUGAUGACUCUAUUUCAUCUUGGGGUUCAAGUCUAAAGCUAUGGCAGGCUGUCGCAGGUGAUGUUCAGUAAUCAGAAAAUUUGCCAAAAACAGGCGAGACUCAGACCCCAGGGUAAGACUGAGUCGUUUCAUGAAAUGUUGGCUGAAAUUCUGAAAUGAGUUUUCGAUCAGGAAGGAUUACUUAGGCGCGGUUGUGAUACUGAUUAUCUUACGGAAUAAUCCUUAAAUAUUUCAGACUCGGCGGAAUGUCAGCUUUUGAAUACACUGCUUUUCAAUCUCCUGUAGAAACCGUACUCGGUAAAAAAUGACUACUUACGUAGCCUGCAUUUUUCAUAUUUAUUUUCGAUGGUCUUGCAAAUUCAAAUAUAUCUUACAGAAACCACAAACAAAAAUAUGCUUUUUUCAGUCGCUUGAUAGAGAAUCACAUGAGCUUUAUAUUUUAUACUCGAAGAAGGAAUAUAAUUAGGUUUUAAAAUGUUUUCUAAUCGCCGAAUAAUUUGGAGCCUGAUCAGUCGUUGCAUUAGCGCUUAGUGAUUCCAGUCUAAAAGCGACUGAAAGAAGGCAUAGUUUUGUUUAUGGUUUCUGUAAGAUAUAUUUGAAUUUGCAAGACCAUCGAAAAUAAAUAUGAAAAAUGCAGGCUACGUAAGUAGUCAUUUUUUACCGAGUACGGUUUCUACAGGAGAUUGAAAAGCAGUAUAUUCAAAAGCUGACAUUCCGCCGAUUCUGAAAUACUUUAGGAUUAUUCCGUAAGAUAAUCAGUAUCAGAACCGCGCCCAAGUAAUCCUUCCUGAUCGAAAACGCAUUUCAGAAUUUCAGCCAACAUUUCAUGAGAUCGGUUACUCACUGUAAAUGGGAGGCAAUGAACAGCGUGGCAGAGAAAAGCCCGCGACAGUUUGAUUGCUGAAGUCAGCACUAUGUUGGCUCACCGUAACCGCGGUCUGCGCGAAGGUCUUCCGUACGCGAAGAACGGAUUUAUAUAACCCGAUGCUCAUUGUCUCCACGUUAUUAGCAGAUGCUUUUGCAACAAAUUCUGAGAGCUAUCGGAUACUCGUGAAACUUCCUUGGCACCCAUCCGACAACCACUGUCUCCCAGGUGCUCUAGGAUUGUUCUGAAUAACGUCCUUUCUUGCCUGUCCCCAACUUACUUGCUUAACCUCUAUGACGUUCAACAGUGAAACAGUGGGAUAAGUAUACUCGUUUCGAAAUAAUCUACAAUGUAAACUUCUUUUUUCUGCUUCAUAAAACCGAAGUAGUUGAUAACAGUGUUUAUGUCUUAGUAACUGUAGACGUCUGGAAAACUGCCCGAAUCUCUCAUUGGGUAACACUGGAGAAAUUUAGCAGACGGAAUCUGAAAAUGAGAUUCCCAGGUGGUAUGUCAAAAUGAGUGGCAUUCACCGGGAGAUGUUUAUUUGAGGCCUGACGUUCCGAGAAUUGGCUUCGCCCACCCAUCUUCAGAGAUUGGGGAGUCUUUUGCGUGGUUCUCAUUCGUAUGGCACACUUUGGAUGCUGCAAAGGUGGUCAGUGCUGACCGUUGGGCUGAAUCGGACCCCAGUUACACGGUGACGUCUAACCCCGGCCGCAUUGAUGGCGGUGAUAAUUGGCAACCCCGACUAUCUCACGCCCUCACUGUCUCCUGUCAAGACGGUUCGCAAAAUCAGAUAGUUCACCGACUUCGGUGAAGCUGCAAGAAGUGCACUUACGUCGGAGAAACCGGCCGGCGGAUGCAAACGCAAAUCCAAGAGCAUCAGUUGGCCGUGUGAUGGUUGGACCCAAAGUUCCAGCUGUUAACCCAUGCCACAUAGAUGGGACACAUCUUUAAUUUUUGCGUCCUUAAAAUGUGAGACUAGAUGAUUGUACAUCAGGGUAAGUGCAGGAGACCUAGAUGCUCAUCAACCAUGCAACCAACCGCCACAGAAAUUUGCCUCUCUCCUAUCUGGUUUUACGAGUCUUUUUAACAGGAAACACUGAAGGUAUGAAACAAUCGGGGAUCUCAGUUACCGCCACCGUCAAAGAAGGCAGGGACAAUGCAAAUCACGGUGAAACGGUGGUCCGAUUCGAACCACCAGUUGGCAUUGGUCAUCUAAGUAGAAUGCAAAAUGUGCCAUAGGAUUAGAUUUGUGCGUAGGACUUCCUGUUUUCUGGAGUUGGUCGGGCGAAAUCGCUACUUAGGACGUCAGAUUCUAAAGACUUCUCUCUCUCGGUGUUUUUGAAAAUGACUUCGUCUUAGUAAUCACUUUUGGGAGUCGACUUGCCUAUUUCCUGCAGUUCAAACUGAAUGUCGUCGGCUGAGCACAGUCUCCGAUAUCUAUUAGAGAGACAAUAGAUCUAAUUACGUUUUUGCUUAGUAGAUGUGAAACUGUUUAAAUUUAUGUGGAUAUCACGGUCAACCCACCACGGUAGACGAUUAUUUGAGAUAUAUGGUCAGACCUACUAAUUAGAAUAUUCAAGAAUAGAGAAUCUCCUGCUUUCUUUAACUCAAAUGCAAACGUGUCUACGGAGAAACUUGAUAUUUUGACUGGAGAAGGCUUACUUAACAACUACUUUUGGUGAAAAGUAUGGAAAUUCCAAACUCGUACAGGUACCAGCGAUUUUCCUUCCGGCGUGGCGGUAUAAGUGGUGUGAUCUCUUCAGUCAGUAUCGAGAACGGAAAUUUAUGAUUGUCACUUAUUCUCACUACGCACUAUCGCGAGCUUCUAAAAAAUUUAGAGGCUAGUAAAAAUGAUUCUCGAUGUUGCGAACUAUCACAAAUAAAAUUUACCCGGGCCAGAAACAUACAUCAUGCGUCGACAACAUGACUUACGGGCUUGUCUGUUCCUAUGUAAGUCCACCGAUGUCUUUAACGAAACGAUUAUGAAGUCUCAAUAUAUUAAUAUAUCUUGCUCGAAAUUUCCUCUUUUCCCCUAAAAGCGCUCGUCAACAAUAAAACGCUGUUAGAAAACUGGGUAAGUACUUGGAAACGGCCCGAGAAGCUUGUGGGGCCUUAGACAUCAGAUGCUUCGUUUGGUGUUUGAUAGUUGGGUUGCAUGGACCGCGUCGUUCAGGCGGGACUUGUGGGAUAGAAUUCUAUCUGUAGCUUCUCAAUUUCCCCAGAAAGUAAUUGUUAACUUGGAGUUAACUGGUCUAUUUGAGAAUGAAAUUUAAUACGCAUAUGUGGGCCGAGGUCUGUCCGCUACAGCGGAAUAACCACGUAAUAUUCAUGAACUGACAAUAAUAACCAGUAUACAUUGGUAGCAUGAUGUGGCAUAUUUGACAGCACAGGUACUAAUUCAAAGCCCAGGACUUUACCUUCAUUAUUUGUGAAAUUAAAAUUUCAGUGAACAAAUUAUCUAAUGAAAAAUUCGCAUGGACGUCGUAAUUUAUCCUAGUGCAGUUAGGCAGGUUUUGGAGCACUCCUACAAUACAUAUGUAAAACCAUAUUGCAAACAGCUAUGCGAAUAGGAUAAGAAUUACUCUUCUUUCACCGCUACAUCCACAGACUCAGACCGCAGCCAUAAGGAACACCAUUCCGAAUACUUUUACCCAGGUUGGUGACAUUCGAAAUGGAAAUAAAUGAUUAUUCUUAUUUACCUCAUGGUUAAUCGACUUCAUUCCAACUUCUAGCCUUUUGGAUGUGAAACAAUGGCACGUCAGAAUGGCAACCGACAAAUUACGAGUAAGUCCGGAAAGCCUGUGCUUUGAAGGAAUACGACUAAACCUUUUCAGCACCUGAGAGACCAUCCAAGCCGAUUAUUUAAAUACUGUACUUUGUUACUCUCACGCCACUGUGGUUAAAUCGAUAUAACGGUUAAAUUGGUAUGAAAAGCGCCGACGUAGGACACAUUCAAAAUAUCUGCAGGAAACAUAAAAGCACAGUCAGCUCUCCAUUGCAUACGACAGGUAGUGAGUGCUGAAUAUUGCGACGUCUUACUACAUCCUUUUUAACACUUAACUUUAGAAUGUUCAAGAAAAUAAGUAAAAAUAAGGAUUUUAUUAAGGUUGCGUCCUUGGCCAACUGUAACCUUUACGAUUUGCAUAAAUAAAGCUAGAGCUAAUAAAAUGAACUUGGAUUCCGAAAGUGCAUCACGGAACAUUCCUUCCUCAUCUUAUUUUAUUUCCGUUUGAUCCGAUUUUACUCGUAUCUAAUCUGAAAUCCCACAAGCUACUAUGAGAGACCGGUCAGCUCUUGUUUUCUUAUUUUCUUCCUAAUAUUUUUAUUCCGGUUUUCUUCAUGAAACCAAUAUGCACAAUAUAAAAUUUGUUUGUUGAAUUUCUUAGAUUAAUCCCGCGGAAUAAAAAACAAAUGCCUGACUGGGAGGGGCUUCUUCUUUAGUACAGAGGUUUAAGACAAAUUUUGGCUCUCGGAGACCAGACUCAACCCACAUUUGGCUAGGUAGUGGCUAUGUAAUAUUCUAACCGGGGCUUUCGCUACUGCGAAUGCAAACAUCCGCACCGUGUACUGACACCGUUGAGACACCCUGACACUCGCGAAAAAUCUUAAACAUAUGCGAAAGUGUUUAAACUCAUGAUUGAAAAUCUAAGAAAACCAAAAUUAAUUGCCCCCUCUUAAGAAUAAAAAGUUAUUAAAAUUCCCACUUGGUUGCGUAGGCAUAAUAAUUUUUGAGGAAAACAAAAAUUCUGAGGAUCCUGGAUAGCUAGGUCAAUGCAUUGAACUGUAACUAAAACAUUUCAGGAUGGAGUAAUAUACGAAUUGGAGCCAUUCAUGGCGAAUACAAAUGGAGACUAAAAACAGAACACUUUUUUGCCCUCCAGUUUUGUGCGCUGAAGUUCAGGCAAAUAAGUGGAAUACCAGCAGGAAACCCUCGUACAGUAAAAAAACACGCCUCCAAAUAUAUGUGGUCUUGCAUUCAAGGAAUUUCCCAUCCUAUAUCAUGUAGAUAGUUGAAGAAGAAGAAGAGUCGAGCACCGGAACACUUCGUUUAUUAUCCUGAGCUUUCAGACUCGUACAGGAGUCCAUCGUCAGAGGAGUCAGACUACAUCUGACGAUGGACUCCUGUACGAGUCUGAAAGCUCAGGAUAAUAAACGAAGUGUUCCGGUGCUCGACUCUUCUUCUUCUUCUUCAAAUAUGCAUACACCUGGAACUCGAAAUUUCGCCUUCAUGUAGAUAGUCUCUUGUAAGGACAAAUACUUUUCAGUUUAGCCAAAUUUUGGGUCAAUGGUAGGAAUGUAAUUUAUGGUAAGGCCACAUAUUUAGAAAAUAAAUCACUUUGCAUUGGUCAACACCGAUUUAGCUCUCCUGCCACCUAGUGGAUUUAGUUCGUUCCUUCAUUAAUUGUUUCUGUUGCAGUGGAAGUGGGGACUAUCAAUGGUCACACUACACUGUCUGAACAUUUGGCAAUUGCUUCCAACCUAAUUACCACGGUUUUCAUGGGCAAAUUAAGCAUAUAUAAUAUACUUAUUUGUUAUCUUAUUACACGUCUGUGCUUUAUCUCCCCUGUCAUGCCAAACUAGCCCUCCAUCAUGGACAGAUUGAAGGGCCUUCUCCAUCGGGCAUACAACAGUAUAUUUGGAUAUAGAAAGCCACAAACAUUCUAUCACAUAAAGAAGAUUGUCAUCCAUCCUGACUACGUAGAAGGUCAGUAGCUCGACAUGUUAUUUUGAACAAUAAAGUCCCUGCUUUACAGUUUUAUUAAGCUAACGGUGUUUCGAAUUCUAUGGAAAUGUCUAAACCUAUUUCACCAAGGCAAAUUUCACUCACUAACGAUGCUUGGUUUAUUUGUUUAUAUGUGUAUAGCCUCUGUGGAAAUCUUGCUUUCUGGUCAGUCUCUUUCAUUAGAACCAAUUUUCAUUCAAAAACAGGUUUUCUGGAGAAUGACAUUGCACUGAUGAAAUUAAAGGAACCCUUACUGGUACAUCGAAUGCCUAUGCUGGAUGUACUUCCUAUGCCGAACGCAACCGAGAAUUACGUGAACUGGCCAGCUGUUGGACAGGUGAGUCGUUAGAAGUGACAGUCACUUCCGUGACUAAUGAAACUCUUCGGCAGUUAAACAUUUUUCAAACCAUUUGUAGCCUCAGUAGUUUAAGUCAGCUGAUUCCUCUCAUCAAUCGUACCCUUCUUACGCCUCCGCUUCUAGUGCAUGAACUGUCAGGUUCUUUCAGGCAUUUCAUCCGAACACGAGAUUUUAUGAAGACUGAAAAUUCAGAGGUCAGUGUUUCAUUUUGAAGAACACUCGUGAGAUAUUCUCGUAGUGUUUACCACAUGAGAACUGCGAGAUGCUUGCAAAAUACAAAAAGGCACGCAGUUCACAGUAUGUGCCCCCACCGUGACCUAGGUUUACCUUGGCUUACGAGCUGUUGAGAGCGCAGCACUGACGAAGUCGUUAAUUUUUUCAGGGGGUAGUGCUGGUCUUGAGAGAGUUCUACCUGUCAUUUUUAGUAAGUGUUCGUGCCAUAGAUUUGUGUCCGCGAUCAAAUCGCCAUGGUGUUUCUGUUUUUCGACAAUUAUGGUGCUACUUCAUCGGUUUGUAGGCGUUUUCAUGAUGUCUGGAAAAUGAAAAAUAGAAUUUAAAUUAAAAUAGACUAAUCUACCCCAUAGUUCAAUCCCUUUACAGAAGUUAGUUCGGAGGCGAUUGAAUAUGCAAUCCAUGGCUUUUAUUACUACAACAUACCUGCCUAUUUGAUUUAGGCAGGCGUGUUACACUAGGAUGUAUUCGCGGCAGAUGUUUAGGGUAAGGAUCAAGAGUUCGGGUUGACAUUCAGGGUUAGGUUUGGGUUUGGGGCUAGAUUCGGGAUUGGAUUCAAUGUGAGGGUUGGGGCUAAAGUUUGCCUGUCACACACCCCCUAAACAAAUCUGGUCUUCUCUAACCAGUAGCCCCGAGCUGCAUGUUGUCUGCCGUUUAAACGCUCCCAUUUGCAUCUUCCAAAAUGCACAGUCUGUCCCAAGACCUCCUCGGAGUAAUAAAACAAAACAUAUGACAGAAAUGCAAGUCCCCUCAAAGCUUUCUGCAGAUCCCCUUAACAGGGGCGUCCGUCUAUCUGCGACGGUCUCUGAUGAUGGGUUCGAGCAAGAAUCAGAAACGUCAGGCCAAUAAACUUUUUGUUUCAGUGAUCACACCUUCCAAAACUAAUUUUAACGUUCCUCCUGUAUUACAAGACUCCCUGGGCUCUAUGUUCUCAAUGGGUUUACGUAUUCAAUCAUUGCCGACAAUUCUUCUAAAAUUUGAGCAUCAUGUAUAGAAAAUAAUUGGGACGCACCAUAAAAGAAGCUUAAUAGUCACUAUGAGCUCGAAAAUACGAAUGUAUUCAGUCGACAGGCAUGCUAUCGUUAACAUGUGAGCCGUUUCCUAAAAAUGAGAGUAAUAAGGACUGCCUCUCUCCUUUAACCCACAUACAGAUAGGCAAACUCUACAUACUGCUCACUUUCAUAUUUCCUCCGUGACUGAGCAACUGACUGUUAUGCCAGCCAUUCAAAUCAAUAUGCUCGGCUUGUAUCAGUUCUCUUCGACUCUUCUCCUGAUCGUGCUAACUUAAAAUCUGUUAUGCCUACAUUUCUGACGCUAACAAGAAGGACAGGUUCUCCAAAAUAUUACUCAUUUCACUCUUUACCUCCGAGCUACUCAACUUUCUGCCCCGAGAGUAGUUUGUACUUCAUAACUUUCAAUCAAAUUGCUGUGUGCGGAACUUUUUUUAGAAUUGCACCGCCUUAGGCUGGGGAUGUGCCUGUGCAACCUGUCCACCAGAGAUGUAUAUGCAAGUACUUCAAAUCCCCAUUAUUGCACCCCAAGUGUGCAGGAAAAUGUACAAGGCGCCGAUCAAUCUCACGGAGGCCAAGGAGUUCUGCGCUGGCUUCUUCAAAGCCAACACCGGAAUUUGUCCCGUAAGCCAGUUUUUGAGAUGUCUGCUUGCACUGCUGACAGAAACGCGACUGGAUAAAUUAAAGACCCUGAGGCACAUUUAGAAAGCUUCGUUAACAAACUUCAAUGCGCUUCGAGCUAAAUAAGAUAUGUCAGUUUGCGAGUGAAAGGUCCGGAUAAGGAGGUACUGGAGCGGUUAGUGAUGAUCUGUUUGGCUUUAAGUACUGCGGUUAAGAGAAAUCGCGACAAAAACUCGUGAAGUGUCCUGCAUUAAAAACCAAAUGAAGCUUAGAUGGCAAUGCCCUUGGUUUCACCGCGGUGAGAUCUUAAGUCCGCAAACUUACCACUAAUUAAGCUGCGCGCAUUUGUUUUUUUAGUUUCAGUUUUUCGUUUGAAGAUGCUAGGAAAAACUUUUGAAAACCCCGUUGUUUGCAUAUAGGUGUUUUAUACACAUGCGUACUCCGAAAUAUUUUCAUAAUUAAAAUAAUGUUAGGGGGCGCUCACCGAUCGUUCAUACGGAACUCACUCGUUCCGUUGUGCCUUAAGGGCUCUCUCUCGAGCCCGGUGAGUAGAGGCGUUGACUUCUAAACCAAUAGGUCGCGAGGUCGAGGCUCGGGUGUUCCACACUUCGGGCUUGAGUAUGGCUGGCUGACGACGGCCAAUAAGCCAGAAAUGGCCAUUCCAGUCUGCCUUCUCUUUGUCGGUAAUAUCAUUCUGCCUAUAUAUCAUGCGCCGCUGCGCGGCAGCUGGUUGGGCUCGAGAGAGAGCCCUUAAGGCACAACGGAACGAGUGAGUUCCGUAUGAACGAUCGGUGAGCGCCCCCUAACAUUGUAUAUUCCCGAUCGAAAACCGACAGGGCAACGGGCUCGUGGCCCGGUGAGUAGAGGCGUUGACUUCUAAACUAACAGGUCGCGAGUUCGAGGCUCGGGUGUUCCACACUUCGGGCUUGGGUAUGGCUGGCUGACGACGGCUAAUAAGCCAGAAAUGGCCAUUCCAGUCUCCCUUGUCUUUGUCGGUAAUAUCAUUCUGCCCAUAAUUAAAAUAGUAUUCACAUAAUUAAAGUAGCAUUUUUAAAAACAUCUGCCUGGGGGAACGUUGUAUUUAUUUCGGUUUUCAGUGUUGGAAGAAAACGUGGGACAAAGGUACUCAUUCAAGUGUCACUUGGGGGGUUAUAGUGACCUUGUCUGUGCAAAUGGUUGGGGGAGAUCAUUCCACCGUUCUAUUACCUAUUACGUGACGAAUUCAGAGCGAAGAUUCGACCUUCAUCGAGUGUCCAUGAAGAUGAGGGGAAUCGCGUCGAUGAUUCAUGGACAUAAAACGUAGUCCAUGUUCAAAGCCAUGUAUUAUGUCGUAAACUGAGAUACGAGCACCUCUUGUUACCUGUAGCACAGAGGGAAAAGACCUAAGCACUCCAGUCUUUCUGGAUAAGAUCGGUAUUUUAGACUUCUCACUAGCUUUCCGGCACGUUGUAUCUUCUUGAUACAUAUUUAUCCUUCGCGAGCCAUGGCUACCACGCAAAAUAUUCCAAAUGACAGGUUCGAGAAGUUUUAUGCUUCUUUCUAUCUUAGGGUGACAGUGGUGGUCCACUGGUUUGUGAACACAGUGGUCAAAAACUCCUGGCCGGCAUAGUUUCCGCUACUCAUGCAAAAAAACCCGAAAGUUACCCGGCUGUAUUCACUCGGGUGAGCUACUUUGUCGACUGGGUGAGGUCUGUCAUUCAAGAAGAUGGUGACUAGGCAAUGCAUACUUUUUUCCUCCUAUCUUCCGGAUGUCACACAUUCCUUAAGACCCUGACAUUUAUCGAAGCAUAUUCGGCUAGUGUGUAUUGCUUUGUUCAUACAUCUCUUGGCAUUUCAUUUGUUUCCGAAAUUUAAACUGCCCGUUCUCGAAGCUCAUAUCGGCACAAUCUUAUUCCUGCGUAAGCUGGCCACACUUGUCUUUUCCUCAAUAAAAUAUUUGUAACGAAAACUGAUUAAUUACUGUCUCGUUGUGGGCAUUUGCAAAUUUAAAAAAUGACAACGUACACGUUCAAUUGGAAGGAUGUGGUACUUUUGCAUUCCAUAGUAUACUACAGAAGUUCGAACCUUUACAGGGCGUCUGAACUAUGCUAGUUGCCUCUCAGACAAUGAAGCAGGAUAGAUAAAGUUGUUUCUGCAAGUCAUAACAAACCAAAGUUCUGGUACAGUUGUUAGUGUGUUCAAGAUGAGGGUCAUCAUUAAGUGUUCAUUACACGCCGUACUCGACAAUGAUAAUGUUCGGAAGACUGGGCUUUCGCAUUGGGUCAUAAGCUGAAUGGCCCGACUGACACAACCAGGGUGGAUGUGAUUUUCAUCAAGUCUUCCCGUAGUUGCAACUGUGUGUGUUGGAAUACGUGGUAGAUCGGAUUAUUGACGAUCUUCCCAUCCUUAAAUAAGAACUAGCGGUGAGCAAAAUCUAGCUGCCCGCUAGGCUAGUAGUCCGAUGUAAGUGGUGGUUGAAGGCAUCAUGUGCAGAUUGAGUUUUUUCCCCUGUAGCUAGUGCCCCAACAACUGUUCUCGAUAUCGUAUCCACCGUGUCACAGGGCAAAAAUAGACGUGUGUCUUGCUUGUUUCGGAGUAGAAAACAGUGGACUAACGUUGUGCGAUUCUUGAUUCUGAGUGCUUUUUAGCAGUGAUGACGGAAUUUGCUUGAGACGCAGGGUUGUUUGUACGGCGUAGAACAAGACAGCUACUUAGGCCUACUCGGGUAUGAAAGACGCGCCCACAUAAAGGGCUGUGGGCAGAGGUCAGUAAGCAUCAAGUCGCGACGACUGGCAUUGUCUGAGGACCUCGAGAAGAGUAGGGAGUUGAAGCUUAAUCAGUUAAGGUAAACUGUUGAAGAGCAAUCCCAACAAAUAAAUUCAUGUUCAAUAAAUAAUAUUUACCUGCAAACGUUCGGUAUGUUGAAAGCAGGUAGGCUUGUGGAUAUACGAGUAGAUUAAUCAGAAAAGGAACAAAUAUUUUGUCGCUCAAUAAAGCUUUAUCAAAAUUACGUCAAAGAAGUACGCGGUUUCCUGGGAAACACGGCCAGUACUGAAAUUAGGAACCAGACAGAGAGUUAGUAUUUUAUCAAAUUUGAAGAGUUAUUUAAAAGCCGCUACGCCAGCUUUCUAUUCACCUCAUAAAAUGUCUUCAGUGUGUUUUUAGGAAAAUGAUAAUUUACCAUUGGAAAAUCCAGGAACCAGUUUCGACUAUUCUUAGUCCAUUUAAUUGAAGAAGUCUAGUGAGCGAAGACAGCAGGCGAGUAUUGUUGCGAAAGGUAUAAGUUAGUUCCAUUCAACAAUUAACAAGGAUACAUAGUGCGUAGGUCCCAAUAAACCCAUGACUAACAUUAGUUCGAGUAUAUUCUGAAGAGCAUUGAACGAGUCUCUCCGAAGACAAUAAGACUUUUGCCACCUCUAUGCCAAAGAAAGGAUUUGGGUUUGAGAGAUGCUCUAUUUACUUAUCUUGAUCGGGUCGUUGUAGAAGGCACUCUCUAUUGCCCAUUAACACCUAACUUUAAUUAUCUUUUGUCGUGCUUUAGAUAAAGAGUACAUUUUGCUUCUGAAAAUCGAGCCUCCGCUUGAUGCUGAUUACACAAGACUUCGGUCGCCUUCAACAAGAUCCACUCAUAUGUACUUUCUCCCAUACACACUAAUCCUAGUCGCUGUGAAGUGCUUGCAUAGAAUUGGAUAUUAUACGGUUAACGAGAUCAUCAGCUCGUAAAUCGGGUCCACACAUUUGGGAGGAAAACAUUAUGUUGUACUUCUUAAUAGAUCCUGACCGAGCGAGAGAAAUCUCAGAAUCCCACAUGGAGAAAUUAAACAUUCCCAGAAAUUAUUUCUCCGGAAAAAGCCCAUUACAUUAAGUGUGUUGGACAGCAGACCAUACAGAUGUAGUACUUAAUGCUGAAGAGACAUUCGGCGCAAUUAACGAUAAACACAUCGACGUACAGCUUGAUCGAACAACAGUAGACUCGAACUCAAACAAAUUUGAGCAAAAUUCAUUCCUUUGUACAAAUGCGCAGAAUUUGGUCCAGAAAAUACAUGAACUAAAAGUUUGGGUACCAGAUAUGCUUCCAGGUGUAAUUUGCAUUAAAGAAUCUCGGUCGCAGGCUGAAAUAUUAGAUGCUUACAUUGCCAUCAAAGGCUUCCAAAGGUUGGAGGACUGGAAGUCUACGUCAACAGAGUAAUCAUCGUAUCUCAACACAGGCGUGUUUGUUCGCGUGACUGUCUGUCGGUCUGGUUAAAACUCAUGAGGUAAGGAGCACCAAAUCUGAAUUUCCUGACCGUACACAGACCGCCCAAUUAAUCUCGAGAGGUUGAUGACGCCAUGUUUGGGCUAAUUGCGGGUAGCUUAAGGAUCAGCACCAAUCCUGGAUGAGAAGGCCAUCUUAGAAGACUUAGUCAUACUACCCCAACAAGUGCCAAGUCGUUGCGGAUAGGAACAAGGAUGUAUGUCAUUUCUGAAACCAUAUUGCUUUCUGUCAGAAAAAAUCCGGUGCUAAAAGGAAUACAGUAGAAAGAAAAAAGCAAUGCAAACUAAUCCACCGUGAAAAUUUAUGAUUGCCCCUGUCUCUUUCACCUCGCUGCAGUAAGGAUCGUCGAACUUGCGCCCUUUUCGGGAAAGUUCCUUGGCCAGCAUGGCGUAGGCUUUCAUUAAAUAAGAUUCAAAGAAGAUAUCAUUGACACAGGGGUUGGUUUUCAAAGACCUGGUCACAGAGAUCCUGGAAGUGUUUGUUGCAUCCUCUGUUACCACGUCAAAGCGAGCGAGAACUCGAGCCAAUGUAUAAGUAAUUCUUACGUUCAUUGCGAUCGUAGACUACAAAAAAGCAUUCAGUAGUCGUAAUGCGCAAAUGACUGCAGACCAACUCUUCGUUACAAAAUAUUUGCGGGUUUGUGAGGUGUUCGCAUCGCUUAUCAAGCAACUCAGAUCUCCUGAUGCCGGAAAUCUAACUGCUGAAGUGGAAAGUUUUUAAAAGAACUAGAUGCUCGACCGUUGGUUACCUUAAUGCUCAUCGUGUGCUCCAAAGCAGGGUUGGGGCAGGGAUGGCGACCUUCGAGAGAAUAAGUUUAUAAUCAUAAUCGACCUGCGCAGCAUCUUCUGCAAUUGGUCCUCCCAUACAUGGGCCUGACGUUAAGACAGAUUUAGAAAAAGCGUGGGUGGUGAAGGGCGCAGGUGGCUGGCCCACCGGAAUCCGACUUUGUGAGCCCUCACCGGGCUUGGGUCUCACAGCGUAGGAGUGCCAUAAAUGCCACAUUAAGAGGGAGCGAUUGCCGUUUGACUCUCCUUCAACCAGUCUGCCACUGCACGCACACUGGGCUGACUGCGUUGUUCGUGUUAUUCAACUAGUUAGCAACCUUCCAAGCUGCAGCUUUAAACACGCCGUACUAGGUUCAAGUGCGUCAGGUUGUCAAUAGUGAGGAAAGUGUAUUUUGGUGCUCCUGGUACUAGCUUGCUAAUCUCCGUGCUAUGGAUUAGCAGGAGACCAACCAGGGCGUUGUGGGGGUGUACGUGUGUGGUGGCAUGGAGUGCAAGGUAAGUUCUGAACUGCAGAAUAGGUUGGGGAUGGGGAGGCUACAAGUCGUGGUCGUGGUUGUUAAUACCGAGUUGUUAGUACUGGAUAUUGCAGUAUUAACGCUUAAUCGAUGUGCGCUCGAAGUGUUGAUAUUGCGAUCAGCUCCGCUUUGUGUAUGUGCAUGUGACCGAGUAGGCCUCUGUGGUAAGUUAAAGUGCGUUUCCAGUGCUGGAAGUGGAGGCAGGUGCACCGAGCAUAUGUCGGGGCUCCGGGCACUGAUGCGCCGGUUGCUGUGCGACUGGUUCGCAAGUGACCGACUACGCCAAUGCGUGAGGUGAAUGUGCGGUCACAAUAUGGAUAGGCUGGGAUCAAAUUCGUAUUGUUGGUGAUGGAGGCGUUGAGAGCGAAGGUAGUAGGUAACGGGACGUCGAUCGUCGCCACAUGGUUUGCGACAGUGUGAGAAGCGGUUGAAUUGGUGGAGCUGGCCGCCGUGCUCGGCACAGGGGACGGGGGUGCAGAUUAUGCUGCCUGGAUUUUCUAGACAAAGGUCGUGUAACCCUUUUCAGACCACCGUAGUUAUGAUUGGCCACCCUGCAGUCUGUGAAAUUCUCCCUGUCAUAUACCUAACCGUUUCUACAAGGCUCCCUACUUGUGCGGUCUCCCGUUCUCAGGACACAACGUGUGUACAAAUAACCUUCCGUUUUACGUACAUAACAGGGGACAUCAGCAGCGUACUCACCGGUGCUGGGAGGUGGUCCUCGUAGUGAGACUUGAGACAGGAGGGACAGUAUGGAUGUUUGCGUGAAAAGAAUUUGGUGUUGUCAGGUUGUUGUAAUAUGGCGUCCGCAGGUGCUCAAGGAGGCUGAUCAGCGCGAAAUUGGCUUUGGCAGCGUGGGUCUUCUGAAAGACCUUGGCUGCUGACCUCGUAGGUCCGAGGUGCUUGUGACUUGAUAGCAACGCUUUAGAGUUUGGCAGCGACGAAUCCGUUUGUUUGAUUGAUUGCUGCGCCAGCCUUCACUGUUUUACUCCAGGCCCGUCCGCUCUGUACGAGGUCCGCCCUGGUCUCCGAGUUGAUCUGAAGUUGUUUCAGUAAGUUUUUUAGGCCGUCGUCUUAGUGUCCUUUUGUCCUCUCUGCCGGUGAGCGCCUGCGAUGAUAUCUCCAUAUAAGAGUCAUUUGGGUAAUCGUACGUCGUCCCUCCUUGCCAGAUGGCCGAUCCAUUGCAGUUGACAAUGUCUCAGCAUGACAUGGAUGCUGGGAUUUCCUGUCCGUUGUAGGACUUCCAUAUCCGGGAAUUUGUCUUGACAUUUUCAAAGGCACUGCCUAUUGCCCUUAAAAUAUAGCGACUGACCUAUUCUACGGAAGCAGCUAAGGUGAUAAUGAUUCAGGUUUCCAAUAUGGCUAAAGUCGAUGGUCCAUGUUUCCAAUCCGUAAGGAGUGCCGUUAAAAUGGCGAACAUGGGCCGGCUGUGUUAUGGAAAUCACUCGCUCCGUUCCGUAAUACUAUCAGUGAACGACACCAUUUACCAUAGUAUAUUCACGAUAGCAGCCGACAGGGCAACGAGCCUUUUGCCCACUGGUUAGAGACGUUUGACUUCUAAGCAACAGGUCGCGGAUCGAUCUCCAGCUUUUCUACAACUUAUGGUUGGGUAUGACUGGCUAACGACGUCGGAAGAGCCAGAAAUGGCCAUUCAAGUCUCCCCCUCUUUGUCGGUAAUGCUCUUCUACCAUAGAAUGUGAUAAAGAGCCCACACCCUCUCCCUUGAAUAUGAGUUCGUCCGGAUAAAGAUAAAGAAGAGCAAUGCACAAAAUCUAGAAUUUCUGGCGAUUUAGAGACACCAAACCUUCUGAGUGCAGGUGAUGAGUCGCUCCUUGGUUUAGUCAAAGACGUAGCUAGCCACCAAGAGGUACUUAUUGCUGGGGAUUUCAACGCACCUGCAAUAGAGUGGGAAACUAUGGCAGUUAACGGUGGACCAGCCUCUUUCAGCAAAAAGCUACUGGACCUCACACUGGACCUCCCUCUGGCGCAACAUGUGAAGGUACCAACAGGAUUUCGAGAGAACCAGAGAUCAAAUUGUCUAGACCUAGUUUUCACUAAAGACUUCUACAAUAUCGACGAAGUGUAUUCCAAUGCACCUCUCGGGAAAAGUGACCAUACUACGCUACCAUGGGAUUACUCGCUCUUCUCUAAACGCCAGAUGAGUACAGAGGGCCAACCUAAUAUAUGGAAGGCAGAUUUUAAUACGAUGAGGAACGAAUUGUUGUCCGUGAAUUGGGACCAAUUACUCAGGGGAGAUCCGGAGGACGACUGGAGAUCUUUUAAGACGAUUUCACUCGAUCUGAUUAGGCGCUGUUGUCCACCUAAAGUACAAAAAACAACUAGUCGACCCGCUUGGUUAACUAGGGACCUAAAUAGGCAGCUACGGAAGAAAAGCAAAAGACGGAAAAUAUUCAGGGAAACUGCGUCACCAGCGCAUUUCGAAGAAUUUCGUCGUCAAUGAAAUGCCGUCAAAAAAUGUAUCCGUCAGGCACGGAAGGAGUAUGAAUCCAAAAUUAUCCGACAGGCUGAACAGAAACCUAAGAUUUUUUUCACUAUCUUAACAGUAGACUGAAAAAUAAGGACCCGGUCGCGGUGCUGAAGGAUAAUAAUGGUGUAGAGAUCACUGAGAACAGCGAGAAAGCCGAACACUUAGGACAGCAUUUUGCUUCGGUUUUUACUAGAGAAACAGAGUUUCGCCGUCCCAGUGCUAGCAAUGCUGUUGAGGCUGCUGGACCCGUGCUUGGCUCCAUACUGUUCCCGACAGCUGUCGUGGAAUGAGGAAUGAAAAAUCUCAAGGAAGCAAAGUCCUCGGGUCCGGACAAUAUACCGGCCAAAUUCUUAAAAGAACUGGCGAAUGAACUCUCCAAACCACUGGCGCACAUCUUCCGUUCGUCAUUCGAAUAAGGGAGGCUGUCAUCGGAAUGGAAGACAGCAAAUAUCUUUCCGAAAUAUAAGGGCGAGGCUCGCACUAAUGCUAACAAUUACCGGCCUGUUAGUCUAACCUGCAUCUGCUGUAAAAUAAUGAAGGCCAUAGUUAAGAAAGCAACUAUGGAGUUCCUGGAGCAGGGCCAUUUAAUCUCAGACCUGCAGCACGGCUUUAGACAGAACCGCUCGUGCCGUUCCAGUUUAUGCUCUCGACGGAACAAUGGACUCGCGCAUUGGACGAGGAUGGUAGGGUAGAUGUCAUUUACACAGACUUUAAGAAUGCGUUCGACAACGCCCCACACAAACGCCUUAUCUACAAACUUACUGAAAUUGGGAUAAGAGGAAGGCCGCUGAUAUGGAUAACAGAUUUUCUUACCGGAAGAUCGCAAACCGUGUGCAUUGAGUCCUCAAGGUCAACUCCUACCCCCGUUCUAAGUGGUGUACCCCAGGGCUCCGUCUUAGGGCCGUUGUUAUUCCUGGUUUACAGUAACGACUGCGUCGAUGACCUGGGAUGCAGCGCCAUCAUGUUUGCUGACGAUGUUAAGCUGUGGAGACCUAUCAGAUCUGACGCAGACAGGUACUUGCUUCAAGACAGUCUCAACCGCCUAAACAGUUGGUCAGCUCGCUGGCUCCUUAAUUUUAAUGUGGACAAAUGUGUGGUCCUGAGACUCCGCACCAAAAAGACCAGUAAGGAGGACGAUUCCUUUCAAUACGUCCUUGGUGGUCAGCCCUUUUCAAAUGUUGUGGAACGGAAAGACCUGGGCGUCCUAAUGACCUCCUCGCUGAAACCAUCUUCACAGUGUCAAAGGGCAGCCAAAAGUGCGAUAAGGGUGUUAUUUGCGCUGAGGCGAGGAUUUGUGCAGAUCGACAAGGAGCUGUUCGGAAAAACCUAUGGGGCAUUCGUCCGGUCUCACUUAGAGUACGCAAUCCAGGCCUGGCGACCGUGGUUGAAGAAGGAUUAUCAGCGACUGGAAAGAGUACAGGCGAUGGCUACAAAUAUGGUCAAGAAUCUUCAUCAUUUGCCUUACGAAACCAGGCUGACCGAAUUAAAUCUGUUUCCUCUAAGUUACAGGCAACUGCGCGGCGAUCUCAUUUAAACCUUCAGGAUUGUCAGAGAUCGCGAGUGUGCCCUAGACUUUAAUCAAUUCUUUGAAUUGGCCGGGACUGACCGUCUGCGUGGUCAUCCCUUCAAACUGCAGAGGAAGCGGGCUCAUUCGGACGUCCGACGGAACGCCUUCUCUCACAGGGUCAUCGGGGCAUGGAAUGGACUCCCUGAUGCCGUCGUUCUUUCCGAAAGUGUCGAAUCCUUUAACUGCAGACUAGAUGCUCAUUUUUUGAGAACCUUCUGUACAUAUAAUAAUGAUUGUUUUAGCGGCGGCAGUUUGCGCCUGGCUCACACUUGCCGCUAACUUUGAAACUUUUCGCAUUUGCUGAUGUAAUUGAUGACUUAAUUUCUGUUUAUCGAUAUGAAUAGGGAGCUCAAAGGCGAAAGCCUCAUUCCCUUUAUUACCUGACUUAAACUGGCUAUCUAUGACUCCUGUUAUACAUUUGUCGGCCGGCGAUAUUUUGUUUCAUACGAGCAUUUAAGUCAGUAUACGUCAGUUUAUUAAGGGAAUGAGGCUUUCGCCCUUGAGCACCCUAUUCAUGUCGAUAAACAGAAAUAAAGUCAUCAAUUACAUCAUCAAAUGCGAAAAGUUAAGAAGUUAGCGGUAAGUGUGAGCCAGGCGCAAACUGCCGCCGCUAAAACAAUCAUUAUUGUAUGUACAGUAGGUUCUCAACAAGUGAGCGUCUAGUCUGCACUUAAAGGAUUUAACACUUUCGGAAUGAAAGACGGCAUCAGGGAGUCCAUUCCAUGCCGCGAUGACCCUGUGUGAGAAGGCGUUCCGUCGGACGUCCGAAUUAGCCCGCUUCCUUUGCAGUUUGAACGGAUGACCACGCAGACGGUCAGUCCGGGCCAUUUCAAAGAAUUCAUCAAAAUCUAGGGCACACUCUCGGCUUCUGACAAUCCUGUAGGUUUGAAUGAGAUCGCCGCGCAGUUGCCUGUAAUUUAGAGGAAACAGAUUUAGUUCAGUCAGCCUGGUUUCGUAAGGCAAAUGAUGAAGAUUCUUGACCAUCUUCGUAGCCAUCGCCUGUACUCUUUCCAGUCUUUGAUAAUCUUUCUUUAACCACGGUCGCCAGGCCUGGACUGCAUACUCUAAGUGAGACCGGACGAAUGCCCCAUAGGUUUUUCCGAACAGCUCCUUGUCGAUCUGCACAAAUCCUCGCCUCAGCGCAAAUAACACCCUUAUCGCACUUUUGGCUGCCCUUUGACACUGUGAAGAUGGUUUCAGCGAGGAGGUCAUUAGGACUCCCAUGUCCUUCUGUUCCACAACAUUUGUUAAACGAGAUAUUUUGUUCCCACAUCUCUUUUACUUCUACCCGAGAUCGAAUAGUCGAGGUUACCGAACUGCAAAUAUACAGAAAAUACUAUGAAACGGGGCAUCGCAUUGUACAAAACCAAAAUCUGAACAUCUCUCCUGACGCACUUCACAUUAGACUGAACUAUCCACGAGCAGUUGAAAAGCACGUAAUUUAUCAAUCAAUCUCGGGACUCAUAUCCGAGGCAGUCCUGCAAUCGUCGAGGUUGCUGGCCUUCCGACAAACAAAACCGAAAUUUUGGAGUCGAUAAUUGUUUGAAAUCUCUGCCGUUACCGAACUUGGUAUGUUUCGCACAUCGUAUUUCGAAUCAGGUUCGGUCAUUGAAAAUCAGUGGAUGAUGUUCAACCAAUUCCAUCAAGGUACACACUUAUGGAGGGCCUUAUCAAAGAUGAUGUUAAACGCCAAUAUAACCUUCCCCACAGGAGCAUGUAAAGGAGUAGGUGCACAUUGAUGUGUUCUGAGGUGGCGACUUAUCCUUACCUUCGCCGCGCAAAAAAAGGAUAAGUAGAAAAUAGUAUUUGAACGCUUUCUGCUGGGGAGGUUAAUUAGCCAGCUUGACCAAGGCGUCUUCUUUAAUGUUCACUCGCAGCGUCCCCUGGAAAAAAGCAGGCAGUUAAAAUGGUUGCAAGAGCUGGCACCUAUUAAAGAGAAAAAGAGAAAACUUCCCGGCACGGCUAGGAGAAGGCCAAACAGGAACAUAAACAGCGCCAUUCUCGAGCAUGUUGUUGAUUCCGGACAUCGUUUGGACUGCAGCGAAUCUUUUCCAUCGAUUUAUAGGGAUAGCAGCAGCAAAAGCGGCUGCCAUAGUGUUACGAAAGCCAGUCUUGCGCGUGGAGAAGAACCAAUUUCAGGCUCUACAGCGACUGUGGUGGAAGGUCGGUUAGUGUUGCAACUCUCCGCGCCCUUCCGUUCUCACCCCGUUCUUGGCAUUGACUGCUGUUUUUCUCAGCUCUAACCCCACAUUGCCACACCCGCCUGUGUUUUAAGAUGAACUUUAACCGAUUUCUCCUAUCACUGCCACGUUUUUGCUCCUACCGCGCUCCCAAGUAAACUUACUGGCCUGAUGAGAGUUUAUCGAAAGCAGACGUGUGCUCGCCAACUUUUCUUCUGAGUACUACCGUAGAAAUAUUCGCAACUGUAAAUUUAUCGAUUCUUCUUUUAAAGUCUCUAAAUUAUCUGUCAAGACAACCAAAUUGUCAGUUUUUCCACACUUCAACCAUCAUGUGGGAGCAGAGUUUGAACUGCACUUCAUGUUUGGGAUUGUCCGUCUUCAUCUCCACUAACUACAGGAAUAAGUUAAGUCUUGCCAAUCUCGUAUAGUAAAAUCUUAUUGUUAAGAGCCUAUGUAUGAUCACACUACCCUUGGUACACUUGUUAUAGUGCAAAUUUUGACAGGGAAUACAAUAUACUGUCAUAUCUCCGUCCUCCAUUGUGACCCAGAAGAAAAAGUUAGCGGAGGCUUAACAGAAUAGCUGAUUCCAUCAAGAUCAACUUCAACGUUGCUCUCCUAAACGGAAUUUUGCCAGCGAAUAGGACGGAAAUCAGUAGACGAAAGGGGCAAGCCGACAAAUGAUCUUCGAUGCCAAAUUCGCUUAUUGCAUCAAAUUUAAUUUUAUGCUGGAUGCUGAACAGAAAAUAAUUUUUAUUACUGCUUUGUUAUCUCGCUACUUGUAGGUUAUGGCUGCAGGUCGAUAAAUUAAUGCAGUCUUAGUGGCAUUGAUGGCAAGUCAAAAUGCAAACGUCUAAGACCCUACCAAGUGCAGCAAAGUUUUAGCACUGCUGGCGGGAUUUGAACACAGGAAUAUCCGACCGGCAACCAGCGCUGCCAUCCGCUUAGGCAGAUCUGGGCAGACGGACACCAAAACAAACAGACGAUACUCGAAAAUUUAUGACAUAUUUCACUUCUAUAAACGACUGUCUAUUGCUCGUGACAAAAAUUGACAGGGAAUACUCAAUUCACAGUCAACUAAGAGCGACGAACUACCGGCAAUUAGUUCUAAAGAACGCUGCAAACCAUCGAACACCAACGAAAGCUAGUUAAAAAAUGAAUACAGGCACGUAAUUAUGGAUGCCUAGAACUCACAUUCAGAAUCUUAAGACGAGAUGGAUAUCUAGAUCUCCACAAAGAAAAAAUGGCAGCGUUUAUGAAGUGUAAUGAAAUAAAACUAACAUGAUGUGUUUAAAAGGACCUGAACAAAGCACAUGAGCCAGAAAACACAUAUGUCGAGAAUACGUAUAAUAAUCAGUUGUCAACAAAAUAAACGAACCGGGAAGAGAAGUAAAGGGAUGACGUUAGAAUAAACCACCAAUCCAGUCGAAGUGCGUGUCAAACACGAGAAAGAAGACAGAGCUGAUGGGGGUUCAAAGGCGUAAGCCUCUUUCCCUUAAAUACACUGACUGGCUGACUGACCUAAGCUAUAUCCUCUGACUUAUAGGCAUUUACGAGGAGAAUUCACAUAGACUGUCCCUACCGUACGUGGCUUAGACUGUGCCCUGGAGUGUGGCAACUUCUUCUACCUCGUCAGCAUAACCAAUCUACAGAUCAUUCUUUCAGACUAAGUUUAUACUAUGGGAGAUUAGAUGUGAACGGGCAUUUUUCAUAAAUCAUGAAAUACACCCUUCCCCAGUAGUCCCAUUUCCAUUAAAUACAUUAAACUUAAAAGGCCUGGUAUUCACGUAAGCUCUAAAAAUCCGGGGUAAAAAGAGUCUGUUCACACAAUAAUACCAAAAAUAACAGGAGAAAAUAAUUCGACAAGUCAAUGUUUAACCAACUAUGUCCAACUCCCCUUGUUUUAAUAGCGCGAUAAUGUUGCGGUCCUUUCCGUGAGUUCGGUGAGGUUUGGGCGUUCUUACUGUGUGGUGGGCCUGUGUGACCAAAGUAGCCUAGCUAACUAGUCAACAAGUUACAGGCAUACAUAUUGACACACCCAACCGACUUCUUUUAAUAAGUUGCAUGUAUGGCUUCACAUAACGACCAUAUAAUAUUCAUACAUAUGUAUGGAUAUAUAUAUAAAUUGAAAAACAGGCAUCCCAAGAAAUAUAAUUAGAGAGGUGAAGUUCUUUGGGAAACAGCAAAAUUUUAUUGUGAAUUUUCGAGACUGGUUCCCCAGCUCGUCUUCAGACAACGGGUGUGCAAAAACAAUUAACUUUUAGACUGAGUCUGGCAAAAGGAAUCCAUGAUUGGUUAAGGUUGUCAUCUCGGGAUUGGCUGACUCAGUUUGAAUCUUUCCUUAACGAUUUUGUAUGUAGCAUCUAAAUCGAUAGGCCGGUUGAUGCAUGCCUCAUCUGAGUGCAUUGCCUCCAGGAAUUCGCGGCCUUUCCUUGUUUGGCAGGCGCCAACAAUGCGAGUGUUUUCCCAUGCGAAUUUAUGCCCAGUGUCUAGUGUGUGCAUGGCCACCUGGGAUAGAUGGUCGCGUCUCUUCACCGCUAACUGAUGCUCAUGUAUACGGGUUGAGACAGAUUUCCCAGUUUGGCCACAAUAAACGGCAUCACAACUAGAACACGGGAUUUUGUAGACGACACCUUUUCUUUCGAGGUAGCCGACCCUGUCCUUAGGGUGCACUAGCUGUGUGCGUAAGUUAGUUGCCGGCUGGUGUGCUACGUCUCCCUAAUCGGUGCACCCAACUAUAAGAUCUCGAAAUGGCUAUUUCGCCAACUACAUCCACUAACGAAGAACUCCGAGAACUCCAUUCAGGAUUCAAGAGUUUUUAGACCGUUGGGUCAAUGUGAAUUAUUCAAAAUCUGCCAAAAUAUCAAUAAAAGUUAAUUGUUUAAGCAGAUAUAUGUAUACAUAUGGAUAUAUACAUACAUAUAUCCAUUCGUAUGAAUUGCAUUGCAGGCAUCCCAAGAAAUGUAAUUUGAAGGAAAAGACGUUCUUUGGAAAAGUAGAGAACUUUAUUAAGUAAGUUUUUGACGCUGGUUCCCCAGAUCGUCUUUAGACAUCAGCAAAUGUGCAAACAUCAAUUGAAAUUUCAAAUGUGCUUAAAAACCGAUAUUCACUUGACGUUUGCGCCAGUAAGCGGCCGCCGUGUGCGUCAUCCGGCAUUGGUUGGGUCUUUUCUCCUCCACUUUUCCCUGAGAUUUUUGUACGUUGAAUCAAACUGAAUUUGUCGAUCGGUGCAUGUUUCAUCGGAUUGCAUGGCUUCGAGAAACUCUCGGCCUUUUUUAGAGGGGCAAACUCCGAUGAUCCGAGUCUUUUCUCAUACGAAGGUAUGUGCAGUGUCUAGAGUGUGCAUGGCAAGUUGAGACGGAUGGUCACGCCUCUUAACUGCCAGCUAAUCUUCAUGAAUGCGUGUAGACGCAGAAUUUUCCGUCUGGCUACAAUAUACAGCAUCACAGGCAUCGCAUUGGAUCUUAAAGACGACUUAUUCUUUAUUAAGAUAGCCAACUCUGUCUUAAGGGUUUACAGACUGGGUGCGUAAAGUAGUCGCUGGUUUGUGUGCCACUUUUAUUUGGUGUUUCCUUAGGUGUCUUUCAACGAGUUCAGACACAUUCUUAAUGUAAGGAAGGAUCCGCCAAGUUUUGACUUUGGGCGCCUGAUUGGAACUCUCUAAUUCCUUUGCCUUUAUCUCCUGCUGUUUUAUGCAUCGACGUACGAAAUCCCCGGGAUAACCGUUCUGGGAAAAUAAUUUAAAUAGGUAGUUUAGCUCAGCUCGGUAGCUUUCAUCAUCAGGGUUGGCUACCUAUACCCCUGUGCUACGUCAUAUUACCUAAGGAUGCAUCAUUUGACUUUUUGGCACAGCUAUCUUUAUGGGCGAAAGCCCAUUUUGCAUAAUACGCAAUCUUCGUCGAUAGGGGUUUUCAUAGAGAAGUAUACAUAUCGUGUCCAAAACUCGGGCGCUAUAGUGGAUAGUAGAACAGUCAAAUCCUCAGCUAACGUACCAUGACGUGAGUCUUUUUCCGAUUUCACACAACCCACUGGCAGAGAUAGGGACUCAUAAGCAGCUGCGCAAGAUUUAACAUCGAUAACUCGCCCGGCACUUGCGGAGGUUCGGGAACUUGUUAUAGGUUAUGUACCCUACUUCUCAGCUAUCCAUCCGGAAAGUGCGACUGUGACGAAAAUUUAACUAAUCGUCCAUUUUGCGAGUUGGUAAACACUCUCAGGGAUCAUGCCAAAGCAUAUGUGCAGCAGUCGAAGGUCUAGAUUUGCCAUACCCCGGGAGGCGGCUUUGCCCAACCUCAGUGGGUCAAUUUAUAGCUACGAGAAGCGGUCCUGUACCAGUUUAGCGCUUUCAAGGGUUGCAAUUACUGAAAUGACACGAUUGCUCUAGCGAGAUGCAACCCGAAGACCUAGUUGGGUUUCUACAAUCGCGCCAAAGCUGAUCCGGCUGCGUGCUUCAUGUUCAAGUCACUUUUGCAGUUGCCGAAGCAUCUUUAUUUUGCUCCUGAUCAGUAGCCGCUGUAAAAUCGUGACAUUUGUACAUGGCUUUCGCUUUUUUGUAGGACCGGCAUAUGCAGAGGACGCUACAACUCGCACUGUAAACGCGAAAAUUGGCUAACGUCCGUAUUAGAUCACUUGGAUAUAUUUAUCCUGUCAGGAGUCCAGCUGUGCUGACUCCCGAAGGGGACCAAGGUAAUUUAGUCUCUCCCUCUCAUCUUAUCCACUAAAAGUCAAGUGGUACUUUGUUUUAGAUUUCGAGUCAACGUGUGACGUUAAGCCACAGUCGAAUUCGAAGGCUGAAAUAAGUUGGUCCCCCUAAAAUGACUUACUCCCUACCAAGUCGAGUUUCCUGUAGUUUUAGUUGAAGCAGAAACAGGCACAGUCGUGGACGAGUUUCACUCCUAUGUUAGACCAACUGAAAAUCAAACUUUGAGCAAAUUUUGUAAAGACUUGACUGGCAUUUCACAAGUAGAUUUUUGCUUGUUAUCGCCUUAUAGGCCCCUAGGAGACUGUCGACAACGCUGAGGACUUGAAAUCCGUCCUAAAAAAUUUUGAAUGUUGGCUUCGCUCGAAAAAGCGCGCACUUAACUGCACUUUUAAACUGGGCUCCCCAAAUGCCGCUGUCUUCGUAACAUGGACGGGUAGGUUAUGCGCACGUAAUUAACUAACAUGCGCUUAGAUUGGGACAUUCGGACAUGUCUGUGGAAUGAAUGUCAACGCAAAAGGCUACCAUUACCUGUCGACCUUUUGAAUCGAAUUGACCUGAAGGCGGUCUUCAAGGUAUGACAUCCAGACGUUUAUAUGUUUUAGUUUAAGUAAAGUUGGUAACACCCACACAUAGCUGACAGGUGGAAAGUCGUCUCCGGUAUUUGGGAUCAAAAGGACACCUAACCUUUUCACAGAUGUUAGCUUCGAAGCACAACUCUCACAUGCAGAACGUGGCGCCUGCAUUUCAAGCCUCACUAAUGACCAUUACCACAACCAUGAAUGCCAGUACUUUGCAUUGACCACCACCAGUGCUGAUGACGCUGACCGCAUCAACAACGGUCCGUGCUCUGCACACGUUGUGGAGACCACACGGUUUGCCUCGCGGUCCAGAGCCCCAGAUAGCAGUCCUAACUUUUGGUAACCCACCACUGAUUUGAAUAUUGCCUGAUAGUGUUAGUCAAGUAUCAAAUGCCUGGUGAGUAUUUGUCCCGGCUGCCGGUAUCCUGUGCUGGACUGUUACAAGAUCAGACGGUGGCAGGAGGUCCCAAGACUUUGCCUUAACUUCCUAUACUGUCAUUUCUCAUGCCGAAUUCCGUUCAGCUGUAGUUUGUAAUUUCGGCAUAUUUAUCCACUUAUUUAAAUGGGGGUAUAAAUUGAAACUAUGUUCGUCAGAUUUUUUAACUUUGAGAUUAAGCGGAUGAGUUGGUGGAGUAGAAUAAAAAUCAGGCUUGAGUAGCAACCCCGCCGAGCGAUACCUUCAUCCACAUGUUAGAUAAAAGUACCUGUUCUGAUUGGUUAACAGCUGUAUUGCAGUACGCAUCACGCCAUAGCUCUUCUGAGACUGAAAGGGCUGAGUCCAUUCCGGGAGUUUAAGUCCCCCUUCUAGAGUCAUGCGAAAACGGCAUUCGCCGAUCCUCAUUUCAGGACGGGAUAUGAAAAUCCCGUCUUGUCCCUGCAGGCGGCUGCAAAUGACAAGCAGGCAAUAGUCAAGGGACAUUACUUAUGGAAUUCAAGCCAUUUGGUGCUUAUCUGCCGUCGUCAGCUGCCUGUGCCCCGGUCGGUCGCGUCUGACGGGGUCCAAUGACCCACUGAGUCGGGAUUCAAACCUCGACUCCUUUUUCAGUGUAUGACUGACAGACGACGAUAAACCAGGAACGGUAACCUCGGUCUCGUCUUUGUUGGUAUUCCAUCUCAGUGAGCUUCCCGGCUGGGUCGCUUUUACUUUAAAUAUUGAAGAAAAGCUAGCAACUGUGAAGCCUACCACAAUGUCAGUGUCAUACCCUCGAUACGGAAUGACCUUGUCACGAGGCGCUGUUAACUCGAGUAUCCGAGGCUGUUUCAUUGUCCUUUCUACCUUUUUGCAGCAUUGGCUGACUAGUACCUGCCGAUUCCCUCAGUCAGACUGGCAUGGCAACUUGUCAGAGGCACUGAAAGCAGCUGGGCUUACUUUCAAGGGUCGACCCCACAGUGGGAUUGACGACGCGCGGAACACGGCAUUACUGCUGAUCCAAAUGCUUUCUAGACGGGGAACAGAGCUCACUAACUCCUCCUCGCACGCCUACUUAUGA